GACCAACUCCUCAGUUUGCAAAUGAAGUUCCUAUAGCUUAAACCAUGGACAGUAUUCAGUUAAUCCUAUUCUAUUUCAGGUACGACUUGGACCAAAGCACCUUCUCCCCGCCUACAAACGACGACAGUUUCUUUUACAUCAGAUACCCCAAAACGGAUUCCGGACCGAAACACCUUGAGAAUGAUGGACACGGAUCCAUUUACAAAUCGAUCAAUGAAGUACUUGAGCACCAUACACUUCCUUGCCAAGAGUUCAUUCCUGCUGCCAAAUCCACACCUCGGGAGUUGGGGAUGAAGCUGGGGCCAAUCGACCCGCCACUGGGUGUGGUGAAGUCGGCUGGCACAGAUGACGGGUUCCACAGCGUGAGUGCGGCGUGUGGCCACUCGGUGGUGGCUGUGGCCCAUCAGAUGAUAGCGGGGGGCAAGCUGUUGCCCCGCCAGGCGUCUUCACCCAGUCUGGAUGAUGACGACUUGCCCGCCACACCUCCACCUUCCCACAUGCUAGCCCGACGCCGUGGCAGUAAAUCCCUCCCCUCAAGCCCACAGACGUCACCCAAACUGCUCAGGAAAAACCCGUACUUCACCAACGUCCUCCUGGGCUCGACAGACAACAUCGCCAAGGGACGGGAGACGAGGCAGAGCUGGCUGCUGUCAUACAUGCGCGACACCAAGAGUCUGCGGGGCUCCAUGAGUGAUCUGAAGAUCAGCGAGGAGACGCCGCAGAGCCUGGCGGAGGCCGCGCAACAGCUGGCUACCACCGCGGCACCCCCCACUCCCACCGUCGUCAAGCCCAAGCAGAAGGUCGCCAAGCCCAAACCGUCCCAACUCAGGGAAAUGAACUUCUGGUCCCCCACUUCCAUGUAGUAACCGUUAUACAUUUAAAUGUAAGACAAAGGCAGUGUUCUUCUUGUACUUACAAAUAUCCUAUUGUUUAUAUUCCUUUUGAUUAUCUUCAUAAAUAACUAAUUCUUCACUGCUUUAGCUCAAAAUAACGUGUUUUUUAAUGUAAUUCCAAAAAUUUAUUUAAUUAUCAUAUUGAAAAUACAGUUUUAUUCAUUAAAAUGGAGUUAGUUAUUUGUUAUUUAUGUUCAGUAUGUAAGAACAAAAUUUAAAAAGGAAUCAAGAACAUUUUAAUUUGAGAAAAAAAAAAUACUAUGGUUGCACAUAUUUUUUAUUUAUUAUUUGAGGACCAGGAUGUAUGUCCAGUACCUUAUCUGUUCUGUGACCUAGAAACUAAGAUAAAAUGUCAACAACAAUUUUAUUUUUGUAGUCAAGAUUUAUAUUUGUUUAAACGAACGAAGAACAUUGUCUUUAGUCAGACUAGCAAUAGUUAUCUAUCAUUACCUUUCCUUCGACUGAUAUUAGUUAUCAUAUGAGGCAAGAUCGGUAUUUAUAUGUCUUUCUAUCAUCACCUUCAAUUUUCCGAGUGCUAGUUGUAAUUCAUCCCUUGUCGCACCAUAUCAUCAACAUGUAGUAAAUUGUUUCAGUCGUAAUUCCCAGGUGUGGUCUUAAAGACCGAAUCGGGUACUAGAAUACUGUGAUCAUCAAAGCACGAGAAAUUUGUAAUUUAACCAAUCUACUGUGUAUGGACUGUUAGAUUUUUUAGACUUUUUUAAAUUGUGUUGAUUUUUGGAUUGCCGUUACGGUUAGUUUUAGUUGUUUUUCACAAAAUUUUGUUGCCCGCUAGCAUGUAGUCGCUUAUUUUUUAAAACAGUUUUGCCAUCGCAUUUAUCCGUGGAAUGUUUUUAUUUAUAAUUUUUGAACUAGUGUAUAAGGCAAGGGCUUAUGUGUGGUAACAGUUUAAAAAUGCAUAAAGUGAUUUGUGGGCCUAAAGACUUAAAGUAAUUGAGUGCAAUUCUGUGCAAAUGGUUGCAUAUAUUUUUAGAUAAACUGUCGAUAAAAGUGUUUGUAUGAAUUUUGUAUUUGUAAGCAUUAGGAGGUUCAUCUAGGUUGAAUAAUGUAACAGGAAAUUCAUAUAUCAUCAUAAUGUUCCACAAAGUUUGUAACAGCGUAUUUAAUAAAUAAUCUAACUCUUAAUAAAAGUUACCUUUAUAAAAGAAUGUUUUAAAAAAACAUGAAUUACCAAAUAAGUGUUGCAAUAAUAGUUGUAAAUGCUCCUUAUAGGGGGAAAGAAUGUGACAAUUUCUAUAACAAGAAAGCUAUUACUGUUGUGUUUGUGAGUGCGUCAAGGAAAAGAAUGCAAUCAAUAUGUCACUCUGGCCGACUGAGUGGUUUAAUUUUUUUUGUCCUUUUGUCUUGUUUUCACAUCUAUGUAUUUUUUAUUAAAACUCUGCUAAACUAAA